AUGGCUCGACCUACUCAGCCCCGGGCACUUUUAUUUGACAUCGGCGGAGUUUGUGUCGUCUCGCCAUUUCAAGCAAUUCUAGAUUAUGAAAAAUCCAACGGGGUACCUCUAGGAUGGAUCAACUUCAGCAUCUCACGAACAGCCCCAAAUGGGACUUGGCACAAGCUUGAGCGCGGUGAAAUAUUACUAGAUGCAGAUUUCUUCAAAGGCUUCAAGCGAGAUCUUCAACGGCCUCACUUAUGGAAAGAAUAUCAGCAACGUCUGCGAGAGAAAGAAGGAAACUCUUCUUCGACCGAAGCACCUCUCCCCAACAUAGAUGCAGAGUUCUUAUUCUGGGAGAUGAUGCGAGUAUCUCGGGAACCAGAUCCGUUCAUGUUUCCGGCUUUGGGAAAACUGAAAGCCUCUAAAAAAUACCUGAUGGGCGCGUUGUCUAAUACAGUCAUAUACCCACUCGGGCAUCCCUUCAGCGAGGAUAAAAUAGGGCUACGGAAGCAAUUCGAUCUUUUCAUCUCUUCGGCGCAUACCGGUCUCCGCAAACCACACCCAGAGAUAUAUGCAUAUGCACUGAAGAAGAUAAAUGAAGUCGCAGCGCAGAAAGGCCAGCCUCCUAUAAGUGCAUCUGAGAUUGUAUUUCUAGAUGAUAUUGGAGAGAAUCUGAAGGCGGCUAAGAAGGCUGGCUUUGGAACGAUUAGAGUUGUCCUUGGGAAGUCGCAGGAUGCGGUCAAGGAGUUGGAGAAUAUUACUGGUCUUCAGCUGUUGGAUAACAGCGACAGGCCGAAGCUAUGA